AGGAGGCUGUCGGGCAGGGGUUGGUAGUAGUAGUGAAUGACACAGCUUUGCCAGAUGACAUGUAGCGGACCUCUGCAUCAGCCAAGAGGAAUUAAGCUUUGUCACUCCCCACUGGGACUACCUUUCUCCUGGUAUGUGCGCAAGGAAUUCAUAUGCUGCUGCCGCCGCAGCCACCAGAGCAGAGCCCUGAGUACACUUUGCCAGAGAAAGCAGCGAGCAAGAAUGAUAGCUGUCUCUUUUAAAUGCCGUUGUCAAAUUCUGAGGCGACUUACUAAAGAUGAGAGUCCCUACACUAAAUCCGCCAGCCAGACAAAGCCGCCUGAUGGAGCAUUGGCUGUGAGGAGACAGAGCAUACCAGAGGAAUUCAAGGGCUCCACUGUGGUUGAAUUGAUGAAGAAGGAAGGCACCACCCUGGGUCUGACAGUGUCCGGAGGAAUUGACAAGGAUGGCAAGCCACGGGUGUCCAACCUGCGGCAGGGAGGAAUCGCUGCUAGAAGUGACCAGCUAGAUGUGGGUGACUACAUCAAAGCUGUGAAUGGGAUCAACCUGGCCAAAUUCCGCCAUGAUGAGAUCAUCAGCUUGCUGAAGAAUGUUGGAGAGAGAGUGGUUCUUGAAGUGGAAUAUGAGCUUCCACCAGUCUCUGUACAAGGAUCAAGUGUUAUUUUCCGAACAGUGGAGGUCACGUUACAUAAAGAAGGCAACACCUUUGGUUUUGUAAUACGAGGGGGAGCCCAUGAUGAUAGGAAUAAAUCUCGCCCAGUUGUGAUAACAUGUGUUCGUCCUGGAGGGCCUGCUGACAGAGAGGGCACUAUCAGACCUGGAGACAGGUUGCUCAGUGUGGAUGGAAUUCGGCUUCUUGGAACCACACAUGCUGAAGCCAUGAGUAUUCUUAAACAAUGUGGACAAGAAGCAACGCUGCUGAUAGAAUACGAUGUCUCAGUAAUGGAUUCUGUGGCAACAGCAUCCGGGCCAUUACUAGUUGAAGUUGCCAAAACUCCUGGUGCCAGCCUUGGGGUUGCCCUAACUACCUCCAUGUGCUGUAACAAACAGGUCAUUGUCAUAGACAAAAUCAAAUCUGCAAGCAUUGCAGACAGAUGUGGUGCGCUGCACGUGGGGGACCACAUCCUGUCCAUCGAUGGCACUAGCAUGGAGUACUGCACGCUCGCGGAGGCCACUCAGUUCCUGGCAAACACCACUGACCAGGUCAAGUUGGAGAUCCUUCCCCAUCAUCAGACUCGCCUGGCCUUGAAGGGACCUGACCAUGUGAAAAUUCAGAGGAGCGACAGGCAACUUCCCUGGGAUUCCUGGGCCAGCAACCACUGCAGCCUUCACACCAACCACCACUAUAAUACGCACCACCCUGACCAUUGCAGAGUGCCAGCCCUGACAUUCCCGAAAGCGCCUCCUCCAAACAGCCCUCCAGCUGUGGUGUCUUCGUCCUUCUCUCCUACCUCCAUGAGUGCGUACAGCCUGAGUUCCCUGAACAUGGGGACUUUACCUCGAAGCCUCUACUCUACUAGCCCACGAGGAACCAUGAUGAGGAGGAGACUGAAAAAGAAAGACUUCAAAAGCUCACUGUCUUUAGCCUCUAGCACAGUGGGAUUGGCUGGACAGGUUGUUCACACGGAAACCACAGAAGUUGUGUUGACAGCAGAUCCUGUCACAGGAUUUGGAAUCCAACUGCAGGGCAGUGUGUUUGCCACAGAGACUCUCUCUUCCCCACCUCUGAUUUCCUAUAUUGAAGCUGACAGCCCAGCAGAGAGAUGCGGGGUGCUACAGAUUGGAGACAGAGUGAUGGCCAUUAAUGGAAUUCCAACUGAAGACAGCACCUUCGAGGAAGCCAAUCAGCUCCUCCGAGACUCUUCCAUCACUAGCAAGGUCACCCUGGAAAUCGAGUUUGAUGUCGCAGAGUCCGUCAUCCCAAGCAGUGGGACAUUUCACGUAAAGCUCCCCAAGAAGCACAAUGUGGAACUCGGAAUAACGAUCAGCUCACCAUCAAGUAGAAAACCAGGGGAUCCCCUUGUCAUUUCAGAUAUCAAGAAAGGGAGUGUGGCACACAGAACUGGAACUCUGGAACUUGGGGAUAAAUUACUUGCAAUUGAUAACAUCCGGCUGGACAACUGUUCCAUGGAAGAUGCAGUUCAAAUCCUUCAGCAGUGUGAAGACCUGGUGAAGCUCAAAAUCCGCAAAGAUGAAGAUAAUUCAGAUGAGCAAGAAAGUUCCGGAGCAAUUAUUUACACUGUGGAGCUGAAGCGCUACGGGGGGCCCCUUGGCAUCACAAUUUCAGGAACUGAAGAGCCAUUUGAUCCUAUAAUCAUUUCAAGCCUCACUAAAGGGGGAUUAGCUGAAAGAACUGGUGCAAUCCACAUAGGAGAUAGGAUCCUCGCCAUCAACAGCAGCAGCUUGAAAGGGAAGCCUCUGAGUGAAGCCAUCCAUUUGCUACAGAUGGCAGGAGAGACUGUCACCUUGAAAAUUAAAAAACAAACAGAUGCCCAGUCAGCAUCCAGUCCCAAGAAGUUCACCAUUCCCAGCCACUUGAGUGACCUGGGAGAUGUGGAGGAGGACUCCUCUUCAAUGCAAAAGCCCAGCAAACUCUCUGACAUGUACACCGCCGCGGUGCCCAGCGUGGACAGUGCCGUGGACUCGUGGGAUGGGUCUGGAAUAGAGGCCAGCUAUGGGAAUCAAGGCACCAGUUUUCAGGCCUCAGGAUACAAUUUCAACACCUAUGACUGGAGGAGUCCAAAACAGAGAGGAAGCUUGUCCCCAGUCCCCAAACCUCGAAGCCAGACUUACCCAGAUGUGGGCCUGAAUAAUGAAGAGUGGGACCGUUCCACAACCAGUGGUUUUGCAGGGACUUCUGACUGUGCAGAGGCUGAGCAGGAGGAGAACUUCUGGUCUCAAGCGCUGGAGGAUUUAGAAACCUGUGGACAAUCGGGAAUUCUGCGAGAACUCGAGGAGAAAGCUGACAGGCGUGUGUCUUUGAGAAACAUGACUCUCUUGGCAACAAUCAUGUCGGGGAGCACUAUGAGUCUGAAUCACGAGGCUCCAACACCUCGCAGCCAGCUGGGGCGACAGGCCAGCUUCCAGGAACGGAGCAGCUCACGGCCACACUACAGCCAAACAACUCGGAGCAACACCCUGCCUUCAGAUGUGGGCAGGAAGUCUGUGACCCUGAGAAAAAUGAAGCAAGAAAUAAAGGAGAUUAUGUCCCCAACUCCUGUGGAGCUGCACAAGGUGACCUUGUACAAGGAUUCUGACAUGGAAGACUUUGGGUUCAGUGUAGCAGAUGGCUUGCUAGAGAAGGGAGUCUAUGUAAAAAAUAUUCGCCCAGCUGGGCCAGGCGAUCUUGGUGGCUUAAAGCCCUAUGACAGACUCUUACAGGUUAAUCAUGUCCGAACUAGAGACUUUGACUGCUGUCUUGUCGUGCCCCUCAUAGCAGAAUCUGGUAAUAAGCUGGACCUGGUUAUUAGCAGAAACCCACUGGCUUCCCAGAAAUCCAUAGAACAGACUCUACCAGGAGGAGACUGGAGUGAACAGAACAGCGCCUUUUUCCAACAGCCUAGCCACGGUGGUAAUCUGGAGAUGCGAGAACCCACUAAUACAUUAUAGCAACACUUUUAUAAAGCAGGACAAAAGACGAUAUCUACAUGGUGCUAAAAAUCCCUUUAAGAUUUCUGUGACAUUUGAAGCACAGAUAAUCACGUGGCAUUAACUGCAAGCACAGGGGUCUUUUAAAAUCUCUCUCAUGGCUCAUGUUCACUUCCCUUUUCAAGUUGAAGAUUUCUUUUUAGGUGACCACUAUGAUAUAUAGCAGGCAAUUCCCUGCCAAGCCCAUUGGUAGAGAAAAAGAGAAAAAUAGGCUGCCCUCCCCCCCCAGAAUUAACAUCAGAGGAAAUUUUUUUACAAAUUCAUCUUAACGAUCACUUUUUAAAAAAAGAAAUGUCUGUCUGAAAAUAUUCUCAAUGAUAAUUUCCUUAAUUCACUUUGAAAUCAGUUUCUUACUAUGAAGUCAUUAACAUAAGAACAUGACCAACAUGAAGCUGGCUCUUACUAGGGGAACUAGUAUUCGGUACACUGCAGGGACUGCUGCAAUGGGAGGGGUACGGGUAAAAAGUUAUCUUAAAAUGUUCAGCAAUGAUGCACGUAGGAGACCAUAAUAGGUGGUGGUAAAUGUUUGCCCAAAUAUAGGAAUGAUUUUAACUCUAAGAUGUAUGCUAUUCCCUAUGCAACAAAUUAUCAAACAGGAUAUGUCUUGUGACCUGUUUUUUUUUUUUAAGGACACAUUUUUUAAUAGCUAAAAAUCUCUGAUAAUGAAAUUAGAGUGUGUAGGAACACUGAGAAUUAGUUAUAUUAUCCUAUUUUUAAAAUUCAAGACUAAGAAUUUAAGAGAGAAUGAAGAUUCUAUUAAAAUGAGAUUCAUCUUAUUAAUAGGCAAAUCAAACUCAUACUGCUUGACAUGUUUUGAAAACUGGUUAAUAUUGAGGGGUGUACAGCACAUGUACUUAAAAAUGACACUGGAUUAUCUUUUGUUCUGAGCCAUGCCACUUAUGGAAAUUGUAAAUACAUUUUUCACAAAAUGCAUUGCCAAUUACUACCAUCCCUCAAAGCAAUAAAUCGUGACAGUUGCUUUUAAUGAUUGUUGGCAACUGUUUUCAUUUGUUCAGAUAUUUUGAAUAGUACACUAAUAACUGUUAUUUGGUAAAUAUUUAAAAAAUAGAUCUGUAUAUUGAUGGUAGAAUGUUGAAACAAUUAUUUUCCAAACAUUUUCAUUUUGGUUAAUGAUUCAAACAACCAUUUAGGCGAAGCAUUCAAACACUGUGUCCUUUGUUUAAGGAAAAAGUUCACCUUUCUUUUUGUGCAAAGAAAUAUAUAAUUUAAAUCACAUUUCAGAACCGCCAGGGCAAGAAAGUGUAAGGCAGAAUCAUGUUAAGGAAGGAAAAAAAGAUCAUGAGUCACUUAAAUAUGUAUUUUUAUUUGUAACAAACAAGUAUUAAACUGUAAAGUAUUUUUGUACAAAUUUAAUACUUUAAUAGCAUGGUAUUUAUCGUCUAUGUAUGGUUUUGGGGAAUUCAAAACUGUUGCAAAUAUUUGUAUGAAAAAAAACCCUCUACAAAUGGAAUAAACAGUGAUUUUAAAAAGUCAAAAA